AUGCAAAGACCAUCAGACGUCAUCUUCUAUGAGCCGCCAGAGACACUCCGCAAGACCUUCUGGCUAGCCUACGCGACUGCAGGACUCCAAUUGAUCUUUUGGGGAAACAUUGCCCAGUACGCCUUUACACACUACACCGACAACCCCAUGUUCUCGGCCACCCAACCUCCACCUCCACCAUUGCCCCUUCCCGGAACUGAGGGGAUUGAAUCGACAGAGGUGCCGUUGGCGCCGUUGAGGACCAGGAUUAUUAUCUCGGCGGGCUUGGUUGGUACAGGGCUGGUUAUUGCCUUUGGAAUCUGUGCCAUUCCAUGGAGAUACGUGACAAGGCUGACGUUUUUGAGGGGAGGCACUCAGAUCAGGAUCGACACUGGCCGGAAAUUCCCUCAUGGCUACCACAGAAGUUACCCGAUCCAGGACAUGCAGUGCCGUCAGCAGCUCGUGACAAAUGUCGGACCCCAAGGUACCUCGCCAGUCAAGGAGGGUAGCAGUGCGCAUAUUAUGCUUGGAUCCAAGAAGGAAAGGAUGGCGUUCUUUGUUGAUCGUCGUGGAACCUUUAAGGAUGCUGGGCUUUGGGAUAAGGUCUUUUACCGCCCUUAUUAA